ACGCCAUCUUGAUUUCUUUCCGGAACAAACUUUUUUGUUGAAAUUAAAAAGAAGUUUUGUCUCUCUUUCUUCCCAGCCAUCACCAUCCCCUGAUGUCUCGGCGGAAACAAACCAACCCCAACAAAGUCAACCACUCCAGAGUUUACAAAGAAACGUCCCGUGAGCGACAGUCGUGUGAGUGAAAAUGGCUUGUUAUUCAGAGAGGUCAGAAGAGAACAGCCCGACUGGCUCAAGCUGACAGGAAAAUGACAGCAAUUCUAAUGAUCACACGUCACCACAGUGGUGUGCAGAGGAGCAUCUCUGAACAUGUAUGUAACGUGUUGAACCUUGAAGUGGAUUGGCUGCAGCAGCAGAAGACUACACUGGGUUCUGAGGGUGUACUAAAUAAAGUGAUUACUGAGAGUAUUUUGUCCCUGUUCUUCGUAGCCUUCAUGAUGAAUGAGUGCUGACUUUUACAGUCAGGAACCUGGGAGCCACAGAGCCAGAGAUCCUUUGGCACUCAGGAGCACACGCCAGGAAGGAUGUAGUAGCACUGAAGGCUGUGAGGAAAGAUUUACUGAAUGAUAGCUGGAAUCCAAGGGUUAAUUUGAAGGGAGGAUUACACCAACUAGGGCUGUAUUUCCUGGAAUUUAGAACAGAGACAGUAAUUAAAUCAGAGUUUUUAAGUUGUUGAGAGCAUUUAUUUCCGCUGGUUGGAGAGUGUAUGUCUGGUUAGAGGGUGCAGCCAGCCCUCCCUGGAAUACAUGCAGGAGAGUCUGGUGACAGAGUGGGAGAAGUGUGGACCCUUCCUCUGAAAAUGGCAGCUGAAGUGGGGCCAGUGGUGAACUGUAAAUCAGCCAGCGAUCGAUCGAUUCUUUUUAACCAAAGCUGUAUUGGAAAUUGGUGGAAUGCAGGGUGGUUGGAAGGGGGUAACAGAUCAGACAGAAUGUCAGCGAUGCCUGGAACCAUGGGGCGCCAUGUAACAUAGCAGAUCGGGGUGUUGGAGCUGGGAGUUCAAUGCUGGCACGUCUGUAAGGAGUUUGUAUGUUCUCUCCAUAACUGUGUGGGUGUUCUGAGAGCUUCCGUUUCUUCCCACAGUCCAAAGGCGUACCAGCUAGUAGGUUAAUGGGUCAUUGUGAAUUGUCCUGUCAUUAGGCUGGUGUUAAAUAGGGGGAUUGUCGGGCUGGAAGAACCUGUUCUGUAAAUAAAUAACGACAACCUCGAGGGGCUGAAUGGCCUUCUGCUGUUCCCAGGUGCUGCUGCGUUCCAUACUUGCGUUGGUACAACACGCAUCGAGUACUGAUCAACUCCACAUUCAGAAAGUGGAAUUUUGAGACAGCAGCCGAGGUGAAACUGCACUUCAACUAACGCUGGUCAACAGUACUUUGUGAAGACAGCUGGAAGUGUUUAUUGGUCCCAUCCAGAGCUGUUUAGCCACUGACAUGACAAUUUCUGGCGCAGAUAACAUUCAUCACCCAGAUAAGCAGUGCUGCUUGGCAGCUAUUGCUGCCCUCCAUUUCUGAAACGUUACAGAAAGUCUGCUGGUGAAGAGGUUGAAGCCGUUGUGGGGUGGGUGGCAGUAUGUGAGGUGAUAAGCUAUUUGCUUCACUGGUCCUGGCACAUCCACUUGCCGGUCUGAAGCAGAUGUGCCCAGUGCAGAUGAUCUCUGUUAAAAUGGCCACACUGAUUUCUGUUCCUCUUCCUCAAUAACUGCUAACCCCUCUGCCUCAGCGGGAGGGACCUGUGUGCUGAUUUGUUAACUCCUCAGGAGUCCUGCCAUCUUGGUUCCUCCAGCCUGGAGUGAGUGCCACUCAUUCCCAGAGCAGCUUGGUUCUUCCUGCCUGGCUGAGGACUCUCGGCGGACAGGGAAUGAUUCGAUUGGAGGCGCAUUAAGCCAGAGCACCUGAGGUACUGUGAGGGGGCCAAGGUAGUGUGACGCUGUUACAGCUCGGGGUGUUGGCGUUCAGUCCUGGUGUCCUCUGUAAAGGGUCCCCAUGGAGUGUGUGGGUUUUCCCUGCUUGCUCCGGUUUCUUCCCACAGUACAAAGACGUACCGGGAAGGUGAAUUGGUUACUGUAAAUUGUCCCUUAAUUAGGUUAGAGUUACAUCAGGGUUGUUGGGGGUUGCCAGGGAGUACUGCUCAAAGGGCCGGAAAGGCCUCCACUGCGUUCUCUCGCUAAACAGAUAAAAUAAAAUAAGGCAGCUGCUGAACACACUCCCCUCAGGUUUCCUCAAAGUGCCCCCUGUGGUUUGGUGACUGCAACCUGGAUGCAGGAGACUUCCCCGGUGCUUCAUUGUCAGCUGAAAUUAUAAGCUGGGAUCUGAUAGCACUGUUUUGAAGAAUGGUGGGAUGACCAACAUUGAUGGGGUCAUGUUUGAUGACUUGUCCCGAAGAAGGCAUCUGUAGCAGUGCUGCUCUCCUUACACAGUCACUGGCAAUUGGUUUUUAUUGUCACAUUCAAGUUCAUUGCCACACGGGCAGGCAUAUCCACGGGUAUAAAUGCCAUUAAAAUUAAUCAGCCCAGUACAUUACAAACUUACGUUACCUUAAGCUUGAAUUAACACGACACAAUAAACAAAAAAAUAACAUUGACAUUAGUGCAAGUUGAGGGAAAUAUAAUCUGAGGUACCAUUCGGGUUUUUAAGGUUGGUUCAAGAACCUGAUGGCAGCAGGGAAGAGGCUGGGUUAAACCCUGAGGUGAGGGCCUUCAGCCUCCUACCUGAUGCGAUGACCAGUGUGGUGAGGGUCCUUCACCAUUGAUGUCACCUUCCUGAGACAUUUCCUCUUCUAGAUGUCCUUGCGAGCAGUGCCUGUGAUGGAACUGGCUGAUAAAAGUGCAAAACUUUGUUUUGUAAGCCUUCCAGACUGAUUAUUCCAGGCAUUAGUACAUCAACAUAGUACAAAGAAAGGAAAAGCAUUAAUGGGAUAUAGAGUUACAGUUGCAGAGAGAGUGCAAGGGUCAUGGCAAGGUGGACUGACAGAUCAGAAGUUCACCAUGAUUGCUCAGGAGGUCUAUAUGAGAGCCUUGUACUUCUUUGGAGAUGCCUCCUGGAUUGUGUCUUGGUGUGGAACACCCAACCUUUAAACUGCAAGUUGAGCGAGUUAUGUAUUCAGCUUAUAAGUAACUUGAACAAUGCUCAAAUCGAGAACUGCAUAUUCACUAUUUGUUAUUUUGUCUGCGAAGAGGUAUUGGUGUAGUUGGUGGGCCUUAGUGGAGUGAACUGGGCCGGCACGCGAUAGCGAACCACGCUCUCUCAUAGCGAGCGUGAGCUUCACCAUCCUGGAGCUGGGGAUGUGUCAUGUGAUCGUACACCUGCCCUGCGUCUUGUGCAUUGAUAGUGAGACAGGGUCAAAGGUUGCCGAGGGGCACCUUUGGACAGUACUACGCGCUCUGCCAGUUUCCUUAUGAUCUUCACUCCAUUUGGCAGAAGGGGCACCUGCCCUGUGAGUGUACAGAGUUCACAGGAACCACCCCAUCAUAUAAUGCUAAUCCCACUGCAUUGAGUAACUGACUUGUGUAAACGAGAUUUGGGAUGCAGCAGAGAGAGAGGCUGGGUUCUGCUAUCUGGUUUUGAAUAGUUCAGUCAGAGGUUUCAGUAAACAUUAACUACUUUAUCAGGGACUGCAGCCGGCAGUUUGGUUGGAGCAGGAGCAGGAGCAGAGGGUGGCGGACAAUGGGUCAGAGGAGAAGGUUGAUGUGGGCCAGACCCCUCAUGCUGAACUGACAUUGUCAGGUGAUGGGAGUGAAGACCAGGAAGCUGACGAUGAUGUCCAACCUAAAGCCCAGAAUGGAAGCGGAGGUGACGAACCGGAGGUGAUUGUGCCCAUGGAGGGGAGAGCAACAGUUGUGCCAAGCAAUCCUGAGGGUGAUGACUUGUCCUCAGUAAAGUCCAUGAUGUCGACGGUGAUGAGUGUGGGAAACCUGAGUGCGGAGGUGGGCAAGCCUCCGAGUGACAAGAGCCCCACGAAGAUCGCUGCCUCUACACGGAAAAUCAAGCAGGAAACCAAAGAAGAGAAGUCUUCCUUCAUCUGCCCAUUAUGUGGGAAGAACUGUGGGACCCAGCACCAGUUAACUAUGCACAUUCGACAGCACAACACAGACAAUGGAGCGAACAACCAUUCCUGCAGCAUCUGCGGUAAAUCUCUGAGCUCAGCCAGUUCACUAGACCGUCACAUGCUGGUCCAUUCUGGGGAGCGGCCCUACACCUGCUCGAUCUGCCAGCAAGCCUUCACCACCAAUGGUAACAUGCACAGGCACAUGAAGAUCCAUGAGAAGGAGCCUCCGCUGUCCGGGGCCUCAAGCCCUCCGUCACCCAGCAAGCGCCGAAGACUCUCGGUCAAGAGGAAACUGAGCCAGGAGGAAGGUGACUCGAAGGAGGAAGAGUCUCCCAGCAAAAAGAUUAUCCAGGACGAUGCCUCUGAGGCAGAGGAAGAGAAGAAGGGCGAGGAGAUUCUGCACUGCCCCGUGUGUCUCAAGACUUUCAUCUGCAAGUACGGCCUGGAGUCCCACAUGGAGACACACCCUGACUCCAGCUUGAGGUGCAGUCUCUGCUGCAUUUCCUUUAAGACCCACCGUGGUUUACUCCGACAUAACGCCAUGAUUCACAAGCAGCUUCCAACAGAUGUUUCCGGAAAACCUUACAUCCAGAACAAUCCCACCAUUCCAGUGGGCUUCCAUGACCUUGGAUUCAUCGACUUCUCCUGCAAGAAGUUCCCCCUCAUUUCCCAGAUGUGGUCGGAGGUCAACCUGCGACGGUGCACCAGCAAGUUCCAUCGCUUUGUCUGCGACAUGUGUAACAAGGCCUUCCCGAUGCUCGCUGCCCUCAACCUGCACAUGAAGACCCACCAGGGCCCGCUGGAGGAGGGGCACACCAGGCCUGAGGCCCAAUGGGCAGCCAAGGCUGACGCUGAGCAGAGAACCUUCAUGGCCUCCUUGGGCCUGCUUCACACCAAAGAGGCUCAGGUGGUGAAGCAGGAGGGGAGCACUGAAUUCGACAUCCAAAACAUUUGGGCGGAGACACCCCACUGGAAUCUACCUCAAGAAGCCAACUGCACCUCCGCGAUGAGCCAGUCCGCCUUGGACCUAGCCUCCUUGGGAGCCACCCUCUCCUCGCUUUCUCCACACCAGGACAAGGUCAAGAUCUUGUCCUUGCAACCAUUCCAGAAGGGCUUUAUAAUCCAGCCCGACAGCAGCAUCGUGGUGAAGCCCAUCUCUAGCGAGUCUGCCAAAGAGCUGGCCGACAUCCACCAAAUUCUCAAGAUGGCCUCCUCAGCCCCCUCUCAGAUCAGCCUCCCUCCACUGUCCAAGGCACCUUCCAUCUCCACCCAAUCCAUGUAUAGGCAGAUGCCUCCACUGAAGCCAAAGCCCCUGGUCUCACCAUGCACUCUGGUGGUGGCUUCCACACCCACCUCGCUGAUGAGUGCCCAGCAGACUUCCCCUGGGCAUCACAUCCCCAGCUUCCCCCCACCUCCUCUGAGGCUGGUGAAAUCAUCGACCGAGUCCACCUCCAGGCCCCAGGACCUUAAGCUGAAGUCCGGCAAUGGGAACCAGCCCUUCAUCCAACCCAAAAUUGAACCCUUGAGCCCCACUGAGAUGAAGAGCCGGCAGGAGCAGGACAGUAUCAUCGAAGCGUUGAUCCCCACCGAGAUUAAUGGGGCCAUCAAGCAGGAAGUGCUGGAAGGGGACUUCAAAGUCAUGAUGGCUGGGAUGUCGAGCAAGAAGGGGACGGCACUGAAGAAGGUUUUGUACCCUUGCCGUUUCUGUGACCAGGUCUUUGCUUUCUCAGGGGUCCUGAAGGCUCAUAUCCGCUCACACCUAGGCAUCUCCCCGUACCAGUGCAACAUCUGCACGUACAUCGCAGCUGACAAGGCGGCCCUGAUCCGGCACCUGAGAACGCACAGCGGGGAGCGGCCGUUUGUCUGUAAGAUCUGCCACUAUCCCUUCACGGUGAAAGCCAACUGCGAGAGGCAUCUACGCAAGAAGCAUCUCAAGGUGAGCCGGAAGGACAUUGAGAAGAAUAUCGAGUACGCCGAGUGCCGAGCUGGGGGGCUGGCUGACUCCUUCCGCUCCCCCGACACCGUUUGCAAGUACUGUGGCGAAGACCUGAAGUACUACCGGGCCCUCCGGCACCAUCUUCGGACCCACAGCAGCUCGCAGAAGAAGCCCUUCGAGUGUAAGGAGUGCAGCGUGGGCUUCUCCACCAAGAAUAACUGCAUCCGUCACAUCCUCAAGCAGCAUAGCCACGUGGAGGAGAAAGAGAUCGAGAAGCACAUCCGAUUUGUGGACUGCCUACUGGGCGAAAACGGCACCAUGUCCCCAACUCUGUCCGAGGACAACUUCUCCGCAGGAGGCUCCCCGCUCUCGUAUCGGGAGUCUCAGAACGGCUUCCUGCACGGUCUGAUCCCACAGUCCUCCAUAAAGAUGGAGCCACUCAGCGUCUUCUCCGUGCACUCAGAGGAGCCUCUGGAUUUCUCUCAGAAGAGCAGGCAGGCAAUGCUGUCCUCAUACAGACAGGAGAGUCACUUGCUCAAGAGGUUGGCCACACCAACUGCUUGCUACGACAGCAGCAUGGAGCCCAUCGAUCUGUCCGUGCCCAAAAACUCCGGCAAGGAGCAGCGCGUCACCGCAAGGGAGGUUCAGGAUGAGCGGCCCCCAGACACCAGCGGCCAUCAGCAUGCUCCUGCCCUCCAGCCAAAGGUCAUCCCCAAGCUUCUGCAGAGCUUGGUCCCUGCCCCCAGCCCAGUGGCGUUCCCCGCUGUGGUUACCAGCAGCGCCCUGCGCCCGCUGCGGCCCAAGCCCACUCCCCCCUUGCUUCUGCCCAAGACAGUGGCAGACAAGGAGCUACCACCCCUGGCGUCCAUAGCCCAGAUCAUCUCCUCCGUCUCCUCCGCUCCCACCUUGCUGAAGAGGGAGACGGUGCCUUCCACCGAGGCUGCCCCGGCUGUCUCACCGUCCCAGCCGGUGGAUGAGGCAAAGGACGGAACUCUGGCGAAAGUGCCUGCUCAUGCAGAGCCCAGCGCUGCAGUCCCAGCUGCUGUACAACCCUCAGCCAGAGCCCCCUUUGCUGGGUUGAUCCCCGGCAAGAGGAGGGGCAGGAGGAGGGGCAUCAAGUUGAAGAAGAUACGGCCCAGCCUCGGCAGCGGCACAGAACCCGAGACUGGUGGGGAGUUUGCCAGCGUGGAGAAGAUGCUGGUCACCACAGAUACCAACAGGUUCAGUCUCUUCCUUCAGUCAGCCACAGUAAAGGAGGAGCCCGGCGUCGGGGAGAAAAGCCCAGAGCCAAAGGAGAAGAGGGGAGUCAAGAUCUUGAAAGGGAAGAAGAACUCCUACUCCAACUCGGUGCAGAAAAUCACCUGCCCUUACUGUCCUCGAUUGUUCCCUUGGGCGAGUUCCCUACAGCGCCAUAUGUUGACACACACAGGUCAGAAGCCAUACCCAUGCCCCAAAUGUGAUGCGUUCUUUUCCACUAAAUCUAACUGUGAACGCCAUCUCUUGCGCAAACAUGGUGUUGCCAACCGAUCCCUGCGAAGGAACGGGCUACUUGUCAGAUCCAAAUCGGCAGAACCAAUGGCCCAGGAGAGUACAGGUGGUCGCCUGGGCCCUCAGGAGGGGCAGUCCGGAUGCCGAGACUCGCCGGAAGGAGCCCCGAGCUCCUCCUCGGGUGCUGGGGAGGAGCCGCAGCAGAAGGGCUCACUGGAUGAGGGAGAUGGCAGGAAGGAGCGAGGCAAGGGAGGCGAGGCGGAGGAGGACGAGGAGGGCGAGGAAGACGCACAGAGCAACCAGAGCCUGGACCUCAACUUCGCCAGCAAGCUAAUAGACUUCAAGCUGGGCCAAAGUGCAAACGGGGACCCUAGCGCACAGCAAGAGGGCAGGAACACCUGCAGCAGCUGCGGGAAGACCUUUAAGUACAUAGCCACGCUGCUGCGCCACAGGAAGGCCCAUGCCAGGGAGCACCGGAGGGAAGGCAGGCCCAUCAAGCGAGGCCCGAGGCGGCUGUCCGAGGAGCUGCCAGUUCAGCCCAGGCAGGCGGCCGAGAGCCUGGAGCCACCCAUUGCCAGCAGAGCCACAAAUCCAGAUGCUGAGGCUCCAGAGGGCGGUGGCAGUCCAGACCCGGAGGGCGCAGGUGGGCAGGACAGCGAGCAGAGUGUGGGCGAGACCCCGGGCGAGCAGCUCGAGCUGAAGAAGACCUCGGUCAACGGCUCCAAAGCCGACAAAAGGAAGAAGGUUUGCAGCGUGUGCAACAAGAGGUUCUGGUCCCUGCAGGACCUGACCCGUCACAUGAGGUCACACACAGGAGAGAGGCCCUACAAGUGCUUGACCUGCGAGAGGACCUUCACAUUGAAGCAUAGCCUUGUCCGCCACCAACGCAUCCACCAGAAGGACACGGUGGUAGGCAAGAGGCAGCCGGGGGUGAAUGACGACGAGCUAUCGAAGGGCGGCGACGAGAGUGAGAGUGAGGGUGAGAAGGCAGCCUACAGCCAGCUGUCCGACAACGAGAGUGAUGCCGUCACCAGCGCGGGCCUCGGCAGCAAUUCUCCGCCUCCUGUGAGCCUGGCGGGCAGCCCACUCCGGGGGGCGGCUGGCCACUCGCCCAGCAAGGCCACUGACCGGGACGGCACGCUCCAAGCAGUGGUCAAUGGCGUACGGCAGGGAACAUUCCUCAUUCAGGGCAGCGACCAGGAGCCGAUGAGGAGCUCAGAAAAGGUGUUGGUGGGCUCGCCGGGCCCCAGGGACAUCAUUCAGAACCUGCUGGGGAUGCACGGUGAUUUGCCGAUGAACCACGUGCGCAGCUCGGCAGAGUCCACACCCCGCCUGCUGGGUGUGGAGUAGCCCUGCUCGGGACGGACUCUGCAUCUGCUCUCCAGCCUAGUGGGCCGCAAGUCCUUUUAACGUCUGACCCUCUGACACCCAUGCAGCACCAGGCAGGUGGGGACACGGUCCUACCCCAUUGUGUGGAGGGCAGGACUUUGUGAUUCACCUCUGGUGCUGCAGAAAGCCUUAAAACACUGGAAAGUGAGGAAUCCAGUGCAACUCUCACAAACUGUAUAUUGUACCUUCCAAGUGCCUUACUACCUGAUUACUGUGCACGUCACAAUUCUGUUAAAAAUUGCUCGAACAUUCAAUAAAUCUAAACACAUUACAACCAUGGGCAGCAGCCUCCUGAGAAAGAUCCUGGAGCAUGAUAUCUCUGACAAUGCAAUUUUUAGAAAUCUGAUUUUAAACAUGCUAAUUGUGGGGCAUCCUAAUGCACUUGGAUAAACUACACACGGACUCUUGCUGAGGAACUACUGAACUAAGUCUUCCAUUAAGGCCUUACAGUGAACAAUCACACUGACAAUAGUCAAUCAUCCAUAACGUAACAAAUAUAGGGGAAAAGUAGCAAUCAUUGCAUUCUUUACUUUGGGCAAAGCAAACACCACUUGGUUCUUCAUUUGUGACAGGCAUGACAACAGUCUUGUUGAGUGAUUGGGUCUUUAAGAUGUAGUUUGAGAUGGUGGAAUUUAAUGGCUGUAAUACAACUUGGCUUGCACAGAAUCCACUCAUUCUGACUGUGCAUUGGGUUGCUCAAGGAAAUUACACAGAAGCUGAAAUGAAGUAGGAGUGGAGUUUUUUUGGUAAAUCUUGUAUCAGUAUAACAUUCAAUACAAUUUUUAAUGAGUCUGCUCAGUAUUUUUCACACCUCCCCCUCAACCUUGCCCCAUUGUUCUGGUGGGGACAAGCCAUUAAUUGACUCUAUAAUUCAGAACAGUAGCAACAGAAACCAAUCUCCCAGUGUCAGGCAGAGUGUGUUCUAGCAAUAAUCACGAUUGAUUUCAAGCUUUAUGUAGUAUUUGUCUGCACGAAUAGUCUUUAUAUGGCCUUGCCACAUUUUAUUGAUAUUUCUGUUAGUGGAUAUUGAUGUUUGAUUGAGGUAUCUGUUAACCUUCUUUUCAAAAACUGUGAAAAGGAAAGAAUCCUUUUGUGCUGAAUUCUGGGUGAAUCUUAGACUAGAUUGCAUGUUGGAACUAAUUUGUCUCAGUUAUUUGUAAAUUUCACUGUCGCUCUCAGGGCUUUUAAAUAAGAUUUCAUAUACUAAAUCCAUUUUCUAGUGUUCCAGAUUUCUUCCACUUUAAGGACUUGAAGCUGAGAGACAAGUCAAUCACUACAUGAAGCACUUGAUGGUGAAAGAAAGAAUUAGAAGUGGUUUACAGCUCGUUUAGACAAGAGGGGAAACAGUCACUUCACUGCACCAUGAUUAAAAAGCUUUUUAUUAUCAGAAGUCUAGUGAAUUUUUGUCUAUUUUCAGAAGGAAAAACUUUAAUGGGGGAAAUAAAAUAAUAAAAAUGUAAUGCAUUAAUCCAGAAAAUGUUUUUUUUUUAAAUCCAGAAUCCAUUUGUUUUUGUAAAGGGAAUCUUUACUGCUGCUAAAUGUUAUGUACACAUCUGGGUUAUGCUACAUGAACAGAGAAUCACAGAGUUUUGGUACUUAACUUCCAAUGCAAAAUUUAUAGCUGUUCUGUAUCAAACCAUUUAAGCAA